UCUGUCUGGGUCCGGCAGGGCCACGAGUGCCUUCAAGUGCCACCAGCACAGCGGGGAGCCGCCCCCGCUCCGAAGCGGGGGGUGUCCGCUGCACGCCGGCCCGCUGGCGGGGCUGUUCACUCUGGAACCUAAGGACGGCGCGGCGGCGGGGAGCUCAGGGACCCGGGGGAGCCCCGCCGCCGCCGCCGCCGCCUCCCUCCCCGCCUCGCCCGCCCUUAUAAGCGGCGGCGGCGGCGGCGGCCGGUGCAGCGGCCCGGCAUGGGCUCCGCGCACUCCGUGCCCGCCGAGAUGCGGGAGCUGGCGGACAGGACCGGCUUCACCUCUGAGCAGAUCGAGCACUUACACCGGCGAUUCAAGCAGCUGAGCCGGGACCAGCUGACGAUCCGCAAGGAGAAUUUCGACAGCAUCCCCGACCUGGAGUUCAACCCAAUUAGGGGGAAAAUCGUCCAUGCCUUUUUCGACAAGCGGAACCUGCGGCAGGAGUCGGACGGGCUGGCGGAUGAGAUAAACUUCGAAGACUUCCUGACCAUCAUGUCCUACUUCAGACCCAUCGAGAUGAACAUGGACGAGGAGCAGCUCGAUCGCUUCCGCAAAGAGAAACUCAAAUUCCUCUUCCACAUGUACGACUCGGACCACGACGGGAAGAUCACGCUGCAGGAGUACAGAAAUGUGGUGGAGGAGCUGCUGUCGGGGAACCCCCACCUGGAGAAGGAGUCGGCGCGGUCCAUCGCCGACGGGGCCAUGAUGGAGGCAGCCAGCAUCUGUGUGGGACAAAUGGGGCCGGACCAGGUGUACGAGGGCAUCACCUUCGAGGACUUCCUUAAGAUGUGGCAGGGGAUCGACAUCGAAACCAAGAUGCACGUUCGCUUCCUCAACAUGGAGACCAUCGCGCACUGCUACUGACCUCCGGCUCCCUCCUGGGAGCCAGAGGAGGAAGAGGAGGAGGAGGAGGGGGAGGAAGAAGAGGAUCUGCAGCAGCUCCAUGUUCCUGGCACCAAGCGCUUUGUACCCGCCCGCGUGCCUGUCCCGCAGCGGGGCUGCCUUCUGCUCUCUAGAAACAUAAGAGGCUUUUAUCUGUAAUAAAAAGGUACUUCUCUUUU